ACGACGACGACGACGACGCGCGCGCGGACGGACGGGUCGACGCCGGGACGGACGACGCGAGCAUGCGAGCGUCCGCGUCGCGCUCCCCCGCGCGCGCGAUGACGGACGAGACGACGAGAGGAGACGCGCGAGGAAGACGCGGCCGGCGCGGCGCGCGACGUCGUGUGAGCGAGGCGCGAGGCGCGAGCCCGCCAGCAGAGGCUGUGAUGAGUAGUUUUUCCGUGUAG